AUGGCAGGGCGUCCUAUACCACCUUCGGGGCUUGUAAAAGCGGUGGCUGGUGUCACACAGGCCAGUAGAGGAGAUACCAAGAAGGCAUAUUGGACCAUAUCAACUACUGAGGUCCUGUGCACAAGAAUGCACUCGUGGCAGUCAACGUUUGAUUGCUAUGAGUUUCUUCGCAAAAGACAUCUUCCUAUCGCUGAUGAAGCCGUGAUGUCGCUUUUGCUUCGUUUGCAGAUCGCGCUUAAGGGACAUGGCGCCAGUGCUUCCACUGUCUUGGAGGUGUUGAACUUUUCUUCUUCUUUUGAAGUUGAAUCGAGAGGGCGAAGACACGGUGAAAAAGGUUCAAAUUUUAUUUUUAAAUCAAUAAAUACUGACGAUGUGUCGCACAGUCCACCGUCUCCCUUGGCGUUUCUUCUUCACAGCACUCAGUACCAACCCACUCUUCGCCCAUUGUAUCAUAGACUUCGAUACAUUGUGCGAAACAUGGCUCAUUCCGCGGGGGAAUCUUCAGUAGUUGUGGGAAAUGAUCAUCAUGGGUCAAACUCUGUGCGGUGUUAUCAGGCCCUGUUUUCAGAUUUGUUACCUAUUCUUUUGGCUCCUUGUGUUGUUGUUAACCUUUCAUUGUGGCAUAAUCUUCGAAAAAGGCGUUGGGAGGAUGCAUUGAGAACAAUUCAUAACCUGCAUUUUUACUCUCUUUUGAAGCCGUACACGCGAGAGCUUCAAAAGGUACGAUUAAAAAGUGAUACGAAGUCUAUACUGGAUGCGGUUAGCCAUGAUGUUUGUUACAAGGCAUGUAUCGAUCCACCUUCUCUGGUCCCCUUAAUGGAUGAACUACUACUUCGAUGGGAAUCAUACUGGGACGCAUUGAAAGGAAAAACCGAGGCACAACGCGUUUUUUCAGGUGUUCUUCGUUCAUCGUCUUCAUUCCACUGCGCUGCGGCAUUUUUGGAUAACGAAGUAACGGUGAGUUUCACGUUGGAAGAUGACAAAAAUUCCAUGGAACAAACAUUGAAGGAGAAAGCUAGCGGCCCACUUGCUAUUUUAUCAGAAUUAGAGAAGAGUAGUUUGGAUGUGUUACGCUUUGCCGCUCUAAUUUCUUUCUACAGGGAGUGUAAGGAAGAUGACGAAAUACAGGAGGAGCUUGAGAUAUUUCAUCGCCUCAUGGAAGCAACGACACGAAUAGCGGAUUUUUCCGUUUGCCGACGCGUGGCACUAGAGUGGGCAAACGCAUAUGAAGGUGGGGUACCGCCAAGCGAGAGGUGUCGUGUGUUGCCAUCCAUUUCCACUGAACAGCUAGUUCUCACACGUCUUAUACUACGAGCACCUUCCUGCGAGAUUGUUCUGCAGGUUUUGGACGAGUGGCCAUUCAUUUUGUGUGAUCAUAGUUGUGCUUUAGAAGGAAGGGAAAGGAAAAUCUUAUUCCGUAAAAAAAUACCAACAACGAUGCGAUGCCGAGAGGUUAUCUUUGCGUUGGCCACACGCUUGUCGCCAUUAACCUUCCUUGAGGAAAUUGUGAACAAGCGUUUGUCAGCGUCGAGUGAAGUACUAGAGAAAUGUGUGCGCGAGGUGGUUAGGGACUCUCUUCUUCGAGGAAGUCUCCACGAUGCGGCAGAGAACUUCUGGAUGUGUCAAGCUCAUCUUGAACUCGCUACGCUAUGUGGCAUGGGAGGUCCAUCGCAUUCGGAUGACGAAUUGGCAUUACUUCUCAGAGAAUAUUUAUCCCAACGGCUUUCGGUUCGCGAAAAAAGGAACUUUAUUUCUGGCCUUUUCCGCCGUGUGGGCGAGGGAAAUUACAGGGUCUUUAUUAAUGCAGUAUGCAUUCUGGAUGAAGAGGAAGUGGACGGUUUUAGAAGAGCUCCUACCAAAAAUACAUGCGCUCUCUCUCUGCUUUUACAGGUAAUGGUUAGUUGGGUUAAAGAUGAUCAGCAGCUCGGAGAUGCGGCAGUGUUGCUCCGCCACAUUGUUUGUGCACUCGAAGAGAAAAAUUUAGAGUCCUUUGAACAUGAACUGGACAAGCCUGAACAGCGUAUUCAUUCAUCUCUGCAUUUUGGAUGGACAUCAGAAGAGGUGAUGACUUUAUUUUUUGAGGCGGUAGCCUGCUUUGGAUUUCUUACGAACGACAAGGCGGCACGCGAAGGGACAGAAGCGGACACCGCAUUGCAGUGGCUGCGUCUGCUCUCAGAAAUACCUCCUUCUCUCUCUGAUGAACAGACACUUGUUGUGUGGCUCUUUUGGACGAUGCGGGCGCUUGUACAGUGGGAGGAAUCCUUAAAUUCCUCUUUUACUUCUUCAACCGUUGCAGAGGCGAUCACGGAAAGCGUCCUUGCGGCGGUUCGCAAUCUCAGCCUAUCACUGGAGAAAUGUGGGGAGGACGCAGUGCUUCCACCAAUGUUAUUAAACUGGCUUGCUUCAUACACAGGGAUGCCAUGGGGCGACGCAACCGCCUGGAUUGCCAAACAUGCAGGAGUAGAAGCCUCGCAAAGACGGCGCUUCCUAUUUAUCCGUUUGCCCUUUGGCCACGCUACGUUUGAUUCUUCCACCGAUGCACCGUCACGAAAAAGGCUCCUUUCGAGCAUAGAAUGGGAACUGCAGAAGGAAACGAUCCACAGGUGUGGUGGUCUUGGGCAGGAUACCCCACAUGGAGACGAUAAACUGGAGAUGAAACUACAAGGGCUGUUUAAAACUAUCCGAGUCACACUUCUUCGUGCCUGGCAAUCUCGUGCUUUCUCUGUCUGCAGUUCUGGGGAAAUGAACCCAAAUAUGACAGAUGCCUUUUUUCCUGUUGCUCCUCGCGUGCCAGUUUAUAAGAGAAAAGGCUUUCUCCGCAACCGGUCUCGGGCACACGACGAAAUUGCUCUGUUUUCAUUUCAGGAGUUAGUUGGCUGCUUGUUGGAGGAGACAUCGCUGAAACAGGACAAGGCAACGAAUAAAGAGACGUAG